GCGCUCACCCCUCUGUCAAAUUGUGCAGUACCGGGUAAUAAAAGUAGUCCAUUGAAUUUCCCGCCAGCUUGUCAAAACCCGCCCAAUUCUGUGGUACUUCGGCUAAAAGUAGUCCAUGAAUGUGAAGUGUCGGGCGUGCUAUUUUGUUAUUUCAUUAAAAUAAACGUAUGGAAAUUAAAAAAAAUUAACGUCGAGAAACGUUUGUUAUCAUAAGUGAUUUAUAUACAAUUCAUUUUGAAUGUUCGACUAAAAUAUCGCGGAGGAAUCGUCGCCAGCUUCAAUCCGGGCUAACUCUUCUACAAACCACAAACUAUAUCUGGACAGCGUUGCCACUACAGUAAUGGUGAAUGACAAAGAGGUGAAUGUGCGGACCAUUACGGUGGAGGACCGUACUGGGAAGGUGAAAGUCAGCCUGUGGCGCAACAUUGCAGCAGAGCCUGUGGUGUUGGGGGAUGUUGUUGCCAUCACCAAUAUUGUUGUCAACAGCAAGAGAUAUAACAAUGAGGAAUCCCUGUCGUCAACACAAUUUACAAAGAUAGAGGUUACUGACAUGCCAAACACCGAGAUGACGGCCACCAUUCUAGGACUUGACCUGGGUGAUGUGGAAUCCCCAGUUACUCACAGAACAGGAUGGAAUCUUCAAUCUCUUGACCUGGGUGGUGUGGAAUCAAGCUUAGUCACAGAACAGGAUGGAAUCUUCACUAAAUCGAACGAGGAUCUAGUUAUCACCUAG